AUGAGUCGUGGAAAGGACACCUCUGAGCUCAAACCAAGGGAUAGAAACUUGUCAGGUCACAUUUCAAAUAGAGAUGAGACAAAUGAACCAGACUCGAAGGCGUUUGUAAGAGACUCUAAAAAUGAAAAGGAAGAGGCGACCAAGUUUCGGCCAAAUUGUGAUGGAGAUGAUGACGUGUUUUCGUCAGGAGAGGAGGAGGCAAUGCAGCGCACUGCAGCAACGAGAACUUGUCAAGGAACCUCUGGAAGAAGGCUUUCCUCGUUGGAUAUUUACCAGCUCAACCAUAAAGAAGAGAACGUUAACUACGUCCUUAAGGGCAAAGAAUCGCUCCAGGAUGUUAUUGAAGAGGCAAGUGGAAAAUGCUUUCUAGGUUUUUAG